AUGGGUUGUUAUUAAUCCAAGAAAGUUCUAAAAGAAUCUUCUAUUUCAAUAAAAGAGAAGGUUGCCCAAUAAUAUGAUCCAAAUAGUAUGAUAUGAAUUUAAAGUUAGAAAAAGAGACACAAUAUUUAGUUAUUAUAAAUGGAAUUCUUUUUGACGCUCUUAAUCCUGAUGAGUGA